CUCAGAACAAAAUAAAUACGGACGGAGUCAAAUCAAAACAUUUGAUUUGAUUUUUAAUUUGUAUUUUGUUUGAUUUCCUAUCUUCAAAAUAUCCAAACAUCUUUAUCUAUUUCUAAAACUAUAAAAUAUAUUUGCACAAUGUUAUAAACUAUAAAGUUAAAGUCUGGUGUCUGUGUUUGUGUAACAACCGUGAACUAGGUUUUUGAGUUCACCGCUAUCAGCACCAAUCAGUGAAGAUGUUCAACCCAGAUUUGAGCGAUUAUCAGCUAACUUCCAUUAUAACUGAGUGUUGCGGCGGCGAGGCCGUUGUGUAUUCUGCCGUGUACAAGCCGAACGGGCAGGAUGUGGCUGUUAAACGAUACUUUGUCGACAAAACUAAAGAGAAAGAGCAUGCUAACCUUAUACAGCAAGAAAUCCUGACAACCAAAGAGUUACAGCAUCCCAAUAUCCUGCCAUACCUGACCUCCUUCGUCCACGGGCGAGACCUGUAUGUAGUGUCCCCUCUCAUGAGCCUGGGUUCCUGCCGUGAUGUCCUUGACCAGUACUUCCCUGAAGGCCUGCCGGAGCUGGCCUGCGCCAUCAUCCUCAGAGAUGUGUUACAGGCAUUGCAGUAUCUGCAUAAACAGCUUUACAUACACAGGGGUAUCCGAGCAAGCCAUGUGCUUCUUGGCUCAGACGGGUCAGUCCAAGUAUCUGGUCUCCGCAGUGCAGCUUCGCUACUGGCCCGAGGACGGAGACAGAGGCAGCUGCACAGCCUCCCGCCGCCGCGAGCUGACCACAGCCACCUCAUCUGGCUCAGCCCUGAACUGUUGCAACAGAACCUGAAAGGCUACGAUGCGUGUUCAGACAUAUACUCGGUGGGGGUGCUGGCCUGUGAGCUCGCUAACGGAGCUGUGCCCUUCGCAGAUGUGCCUAGCACACUCAUGUUCACUGAAAAGGUGCGUGGAAGCCGCCCACAGCUUCUAGACAAGAGGACGAUGCCUGCACUCUCAAAUACUGAGGAGUACUUGGGCGACAGCGGCGGUGACAGCGCGGAGGGCGCGCGGCGCGGACUGUACGCCGCGCGGACACUCGGCGCCGCCUUCCACCAGCUCACGGAGCUGUGUCUGCAGCGAGAGCCUGAAAAGCGUCCAUCAGCGACGCAGCUACUGAACCACGCCUUCUUCAAGCAGAUCAGAAAGACUGACUUCUUGCCGAGCCUCAUUGGACGAGUCAAACCCAUCAAGCCAAGACCUGAUGACAUGUCGGCGCUACUUCUAGAAGAGAAACUAUCAGAAAUGGACAUCGAGAAGACGACCGAAUGGGACUUCUAGCCGAUGAUAUGGUAACACACAGAUAAAUAACCAUAUAAAUAGGCACAAACACUGCCAGGCCGAGGCAGAGUGAACUCCACUAGCUUGUGUUACUGGUAAUUUUGCAAUAAUAGAUUAAAAUGUUGAUCAUUUUAUCAUCAUAAACGUAGACAGUGAGAUGGAAUAGUAUGGAAGACGGCAAGAUUAGAAAAGCACACCAAAAUUAAGGUAAAAGAACUAUUAGUACCUCUGCGAGCAUAUCUUGAAAUAAUCGAAUUUUAGGAUUUAUGUAAAUGAAUUGGUUGCCAUAUUAGAUUACGAAUUGGACAGCACAGUUCUGCUCACUAUUUUAAUUUCAUGAGCUGUGUUAAUUUGCAUUUGUAUGAGAGCCAAAGUUCUAGAUACUGAAUAUUAUGAUUUAACGUUUCGGGUAGUAAACAAUUAAAAUAUAUUAUGCUUACGGUAUAAAUAAAGACUAUUAAUAAUUAUAAUGUUAGAAUUUACUAUAUAAUUGGUAUAUUUAUAUAUAAAUGGAGACGCUGGACGUCUUAGUAAUUUUAAUAUCAGAAGCAAGAUUCUGCGCUACCUUUUUCCCCUUAUAAAUUCGUGUCUUAAUAACUAUGGGAACAUGACAAUAACAAUAAAAUUAUACAAACAGAAAGAAAACAAACUUACUAGUGUUAUGAAUAAUA